UAUUGUGAGUGGCAAAAAAAAGUUAUGGCUGCCGUCAAAGGAAUCGUGUCUUUUUCUGCAGUAAAUAGAACUGCAUAUAGUGGAUGCUUCUACUCUCACCCUAGAGUUGGAAAUUUGACUACACGUCCAGCUGAGGGCUUGAGCUUGAGCUUCAAUCCUCCAUGGCUCCCGCCUCAGAAACUGGUGGGUGUAUGUGUCAAUCGCGAGUCUUUCGGUGCUUUUGGUGGCACUGGCUUGGGUUUUCAAGGCAAGGCGAAGAAGGAUCUAAUGGUGGUUUUGAGGGUCUCUCCUCAAGAACCCAUCCGUGCCCAAGGGAAUAAGCGGGCAACCUUGGAUUUCAAGCGUUUAUGCAGAGAUGGAAAAGUGGAAUCAGCUCUUGAAGCCAUGGAUGAGAUGGAAAAGAACGGGGUUCUUGUUGACUCGCUUGACCUUGUGAAAUUGCUGCAAGUGUGCGAGGCUAGGAAGUUGGUAGGAGCUGCGAAAAGGGUCUUGGACUAUGCAACGAUGUCGCUAUCCGGUACUGUUGUAUUUAACAAGCUGGUGCGGGUGUACUGUAAUUGGGGUGAUACAAGGACUGCAAGAAACGUGUUUGAGGAAAUGCCUACGAGAGACUUGGAUUCCUGGAACAGGAUGCUGAUUGGUUUGGCAGAAAAUGGGGAAGGAGAAGAAGCUUUGGGAGUCUUUUCCCGGAUGAAGAAAGAAGGAGUAAAGCCUGAUGGGUCUACUUUUCUUGGUAUUAUUUUGGCGUGUGGAUGCUUAGGAACAGUCUUGAACGGGCAAAAACAUUUUAUGUCAAUGAGCAGGGACUACGGGAUUACUCCUUCCAUGGAGCAUUACGUGGCCAUAGUUGAUCUUCUUGGAAGGGCAGGGAAGAUAGCCGAGGCAAAGGAGUUUAUUGCAAAUAUGCCGAUUGAGCCAAGUUCAGUUGUUAGGGAAACACUACAGAAACACUUUCCAACUGAAACAAAAGGAAAGCUUGGGAAACAAAAACCUCUUCCUAGUUCAGAACACAAAAGUAGAAGGAAAGUUAAAGGCAAACGUAUUAGGAAGGGAAGGAAACCUGCUCCAUAUAAAAUACCACAGGGAGUCAUUCAUGUGAGUGCAACAUUCAAUAAUACUUUUGUAACUGUUACUGAUCUCCGGGGCAAGGUGUUUUCUUGGUCCUCAGCUGGUUUGUGUGGAUUCAAAAAUACAAGAAGAGGAACACCAUUUGCUGCUGAAACUGCGGCAAGAGAUGCUAUUCAGUGGGCAAUGAAGCAAGGUUUGCGGCGAGCAGAAGUCAUGAUAAAGGGCGCUGGUCUUGGAAGAGACGCGGCACUUAGAGCUAUACGUCGAAGUGGUAUAUUCUUGAGUUUCAUUCGAGAUGUAACCCCUCUGCCACAUAAUGGUUGCAGGCCCCCUAAAAAGAGACGUGUAUAAAAAUAGAGUAACUUUGAGACAAUAAAGUUAUUUCUAUUAGGUAUUUUUGGAUUGGAAUAACUUAGAGAUAUUAAGUUAUCUUUAUU